GAAUCACCGAUUUUUCAAAACCCUGAUUGAGAUCGAUCCGAGUUUUAAAACCAGGAUCAAGAAGGAAGAAAAGAUAGAUCGACACGUUCGAUUAUCUAUCGUUGCUGCGUGUACUCCUUGCUUCCUUAGACGACGACUGGGGUUACUACUGAGCUACCACUCCUAUAAGCCAUUAAAGCCGCUUAAAAAUAAAAAAUAUAAGAAAAGGGAGAAAAAAAGAGAAACAAAUGAGUUGUUAUUGAAAAUACAGAGAAAAUGGCAGCACCUUUUGUUCCCUCCAUUUCUUCAGUUUGCAUCAAUCGAUUCUCUGCAACAAAUUCCAUGGCCAUGGCGGGUUUGUUCACUCACAUCUCUAAAAACCAAACCUCCUUCUCUUUGUUAAAAAUAACUAGAAGCUUCGGUUUCAUCUCGCUUCCCACCGCGAGAAAACCAUUCAGAAAUUCAUUUCAAGUGAGAUCGGUCGCUGCUCCUGCUGAAGCUGUUGCUGGUUUUGAUGAGAUGGCUGCUGGGACACAGCGGAAAUAUUAUAUGUUAGGUGGGAAAGGAGGGGUUGGAAAGACAAGCUGCGCUGCAUCUCUUGCUGUAAAAUUUGCAAACAAUGGGCAUCCAACUAUUGUGGUAUCCACUGAUCCAGCACACUCCCUGAGUGACUCUUUUGCCCAGGAUUUGACUGGGGGGACACUAGUACCAGUCGAGGGGGUGGAUUCUCCACUAUUUGCUCUUGAGAUAAACCCUGAGAAGGCUAGGGAAGAGUUCCGCUCUGCUAGUCAGAAAAACGGUGGGACUGGGGUCAAAGACUUUAUGGAUAGCAUGGGUCUUGGAAUGCUAGUUGAGCAGUUAGGAGAACUAAAACUAGGAGAGUUGCUGGACACACCUCCUCCUGGUCUGGAUGAAGCUAUUGCAAUUUCCAAGGUUAUGCAAUUUGUUGAAGCACAGGAAUACCAUAUGUUCACUCGGAUAGUUUUUGAUACUGCACCCACAGGUCAUACUCUUCGACUUUUAUCCCUGCCAGACUUCUUGGAUGCAUCCAUAGGCAAGAUCUUGAAGCUAAAGAAGAAACUAACUUCGGCAACUUCAGCCAUCAAAUCUGUUUUUGGGCAGGAAGAGACCAAGCAGGAUGCUUCUGACAAAUUAGAGCAACUAAGGGAGAGGAUGGGGAAAGUUCGAGAGCUUUUCCGGGACACGGACUCGAACGAAUUUGUUAUAGUAACAAUUCCUACGGUUAUGGCUAUUAGUGAGUCUUCAAGGUUGUGUGCUUCUCUAAAGAAGGAAAAUGUUCCCGUCAAGAGGCUUAUUGUUAAUCAGGUUCUACCACCUUCAUCAUCAGACUGCAAGUUUUGUGCAAUGAAACGGAAGGAUCAGAUGCGUGCCCUUGAUAUGAUACGGGAUGAUCCUGAACUUGCAGGAUUGAAUUCAAUCCAAGCACCCCUAGUUGAUGUUGAAAUCAGAGGUGUUCCAGCUCUUAAAUUUAUGGGGGACAUUGUUUGGAAGUGAUAUUCUGUUCCAGGAUAUAUCCAUAAUAGUGAUGCAUGCAUAGAAAGUGCCAGAAACCAACCUUUUCAUGGAAGCUGCUUCCGCGUCAAGAUUUGCCCAUGUCCUUACAGAAGAGAUCCCUGCACCCAUGAAGUAUAUUUUUGGAUUCUAACGGAUGAGCUUCCAAAUUGAGGAAAUUAAGGUAUAUUCAAGGUUUAGGUGUCUUGUAGUAGAAAAAACAGGAAACUGCUGAUUCUUUUCCUGGUUUGAUUAUUUUGGGAAUAUAGCUGCUGUUCUGGAAUCUUGUUUCUCUUUUCCUUCCGUUGGAUGGAAACUGAGAAAUGCCAACUAUAAGAUGGAUGAUGAUAGUACAGUCGUCCAUCAUCCCUAAAUGCAUCUCUGCUAUGCUAAAGAUUUACUUGGAAAGAGAUUGUUAAAACCAAAAUAUUAACACCCCCCCCCCAAGAAAAAAAAAAACCCAUCAUCAAAUCAUGAUAUCAACAGCUAUUAUUAUUAUUAUUAUUUUUUUUGGUUUAAUCAACAGCUAUCAUCACUGUUUAAUAAUAUUGUUAUAAGACAAAUGUCUGGAUUACAAUUUUGUGAUUGUUCCCAUGAAAUGGUCCAAAGUACAGUCAGGACAGCCCAGCAACACCAACUGUCUAUCUUGCAGGAUUCAACUCAAGUGCAUAUUCUCAUGAGAAAAAUCUUAGGUUCUAGAAAUUUGAUAGUUGAACUAAAGUUGCCUUGACAUUAUCAAAGUUGUAUAUCAACUGCUAUUUUCGGGCUUUAUAUUUUGUGAAGUGAGAUUGUAAGGGGAGAGAUGAUUACAUGGACUGAUGGAUAUGUCCACAAAAAAUUUAAACACAACGAUGCCAAUGGAUUGUAUAUAUGGGCUUCCUCUGUAUUUGAACCUGAUCAAUCUCCAAAAGUCAAGUUUGACA